AUGUUGCAACAAGGAACAUAUAAUGUAUCUCGAGAACGUUCUACUGUCAAAAUUGAAAAUUGUGCGGAAGGUGAUCAUAAUGCGGUCUCCUCUUUAGGAGAUACUUCAGCAAACAACAAUAACAUGUCAAAGUGUCGCGCUUUAGUCACAGUACCUGCCAUUAACAUGGAUGCAUUAGCUGUUGUUCCAUACCGACGCAAAUCAGGGAAUUCUGACUUUGGACAGCGCCGAAUCAGGAGGCCGUUUUCAGUUCUAGAAGUAGAAGCAUUGGUUCAGGCAGUUGAGAAACUAGGAACUGGAAGGUGGCGUGAUGUCAAGCAACGUGCUUUUGACAAUGCUAAGCAUCGAACAUAUGUGGAUUUGAAGGAUAAGUGGAAGACAUUGGUUCACACGGCAAGAAUCUCCCCGCAACAAAGAAGAGGAGAACCUGUUCCUCAAGAGCUUCUAGACAGAGUCUUAGCUGCUCAUGCAUAUUGGUCUCAACAACAAUCUUCUGCUUCCUUCAAUCAAGCUUCAGAUUCGUUUUUCGCCGAGAUUGGUUCAAAUAUUCAGCUUCUGCUUCAGAUUCGUCCUACAGCUAUGUUCAUUCAAACUUCAAAAUCCAGGUAUACAAAUGGAUAA